AGUAGUAGUAACGGAAAGGAACAGGUUUAGGAGAAUUUUUUUAUGUCUUUCUUAUAGCGAUCGCUGAAAGUCAGUCAAUGCCCUGGCUUCAAUGAAUGAAGACCGAUGGGCUACGAAGUGGAGAUGAUGUCGUCGUGUCAUUGCUCAGGCUCCGGCGCCAUCCGCCCAAGUCCGCCACCCGCCGAUCCACCGGGCUCCGCCGCCAUCCGCCCAGGUCCGCCGCCCACCGAUCCACCGGGUUCCGGCGCCACCCGCCCAGGUCCGCCGCCUGCCGAUCCACCGGGCUCCGGCGCCACCUGCUGAGCAUGCCCCUCGCCUACCCCAGGGCUGCUUCACCACCGAACGCCACCACUUCACCAGGCAGCGCCGCCCAACUGCCACCUAUGACCUGCGCCCUCCCUGCCACCCCACCCUCCCACCGCUCCAUCCUUGGGUUCCCUCACCGAACGCCCUCCCGACGACCACUUCUCCACCAGCGGCGCCACCCCGCUCCUCAGAUGCACCUCCACCAGCGAAUGGCUGCUUCGAUCAACAUCGACAGUUUCACGG